CUUCCAUUUCCAUUUCUUUAUAGUUUAUUCACACUUACACACACCUCAAGACUCAAGUCAGCUUGCUUCACAGUAUGUUGUUAUGUGUGGUGGGAACUUGAAAUACAUGCUUCAGGACAGGAAAGUUCCCUCUUUUAUUUGUUGUUUAAUUUAUCUAUUUAUACAUGGUUAAAUGUGAUAUCUUGAAACUAUACACUUUUGUGUUCUGUUUCUACCCCUGACAGGACAAACCGCAAUUUAAUUUGUCUCUGAAUCUGAAUUAGGAUUGUAAUGACUCUAUCUGUCUAUCAUGUAGCUAGAUAAUGAAUCAAGUCCCUUUUUUUUGACAGAGAUGGGAGCCACGCACACUCACGCACACACUGUUGAAACUUGAUAACGAUCCAAUUGGAGCUAAUCUUGUUGGCCCUGCUGCAGAGCCCACUUGAAGUUGCACAAGAACAUUGGGGGAUUUCCCUUGAAAAAUGGAGCCAGAGAGGAGAAAGGGCAAAACCCCAGCAGCAACCUCGCAAAACAACAAGAUCACCAGCACGGCCGUGUCUUACUCCGCAGCCAGCAACAUGAACAACUUCACUAGAACCAUGGCUCAGUACAAUGCGGAUGCACGAUUGAUGGCCGAGUUCGAGCAGUCGGGAGUAUCGGGUAAGUCUUUUAAUUACUCAAGAUCAGUUUCUCAUGCUCCCCACACUCCCAGCACCGAGGAGCAGAUGAUUGCUUACUUGUCUAGAAUCCAGAGGGGUGGUUUGGUGCAGCCCUUUGGUUGUAUGCUUGCUAUUAGAGAGCCUGGUUUUAGAAUCAUAGGCUAUAGUGAGAAUUGCUUCGAUAUGUUGGGGUUGAAGAGCAGUGCUGUAAUUAUUGAAUCUGGUCAGGGUCAGGGCCUGAUUGGUGUUGAUGCAAGAACCCUCUUCACCCCUAAUUCUAGGGCUUCAUUAGUUAAAGCUGUUACUUCAAGGGAAAUCUCUUUCUUGAAUCCAAUAUGGGUGCAUUCCAGGGGGAAUCAUAAGGGGUUUUAUGCAAUACUGCAUAGGAUUGAUGUGGGCAUUGUAAUUGAUUUGGAGCCUGCUCAUUCUGGUGAUCCUGCAAUGGUUCAUGCCGGCGCAGUUCAAUCACAGAAACUGGCUUUGAGGGCUAUUUCUCGAUUGCAGUCGCAUCCUGGUGGCGAUAUAGGAGCUUUGUGUGACACUGUGGUAGAAGAUGUUCAGAGGCUUACAGGGUAUGACAGGGUCAUGGUGUACAAGUUUCACGACGAUGAACAUGGUGAGGUUGUAUCGGAAAUUAGGCGGUCUGAUUUGGAUCCUUACUUAGGACUGCAUUAUCCUGCAACAGAUAUUCCCCAAGCGGCACGGUUCUUGUUUAAGCAAAACCGUGUUAGGAUGAUCUGUGACUGCAAUGCUCAGCCAGUCAAGAUUAUUCAAAGUGAGGAAUUGAAUCAGCCUCUUUGUUUGGUUAAUUCCACCAUCCGCUCGCCUCACGGAUGUCACACUCAGUACAUGGCUAAUAUGGGGUCGGUUGCUUCACUGACAAUGGCUGUUGUUGUCAACAAUGGCGAUUCCAUGAAGCUAUGGGGAUUGGUAGUUUGCCACCAUACAACGUCCAGGUACAUUGCCUUCCCUCUUAGGUAUGCUUGUGAGUUCCUUAUGCAAGCAUUCGGUCUGCAGCUUCAUAUGGAGCUUCAGUUAGCGUUACAAAUGGCUGAAAAGAAGAUCCUUCGGAUGCAAACUUUGUUAUGUGACAUGCUUCUCCGUGAUGCUCCUUUUGGGAUAGUGACUCAGUCUCCGAGCAUCAUGGAUCUUGUCAAGUGCGACGGCGCCGCGUUGUACUAUGGUGGGAAAUGUUGGCUCCUCGGGGUCACUCCAACUGAGGCACAGUUGAAAGACAUUGUCGAAUGGUUGCUUAAUAACCAUGGUGAUUCUACGGGGCUGAGCACUGAUUGUCUUUCUGAUGCUGGCUAUCCUGGAGGGGCCAUUUUAGGUGAUGCAGUUUGUGGCAUGGCUACAGCAAGGAUAACUCCAUCUGAUUUCCUGUUUUGGUUUCGAUCCCACACGGAAAAGGAGAUCAAGUGGGGGGGUGCCAAGCAUCGCCCAGAAGCCAAGGAUGAUGGUGCAACGAUGCACCCAAGAUCUUCAUUUAUAGCAUUUCUUGAAGUUGUUAAAAGCCGGAGUUUACAGUGGGAGACUGCAGAGAUCAAUGCGAUUCAUUCCUUGCAGCUUAUAAUGAGAGAUUCGCUUCAAGAGAGUGUUCCCAAGUCUGUGAUAUAUUCUCAGCCGAGCAACUACAAUGGGCAGCAGUUGGAUGAGCUAACUUCUGUGGCAGUUGAAAUGGUUCGGUUAAUUGAAACAGCUAUGGCUCCUAUCUUUGGAGUUGAUUUAUCCGGUUUGAUCAAUGGGUGGAAUGCUAAAAUGUGUGAGUUGACAGGGUUGAAUGUGUCCGAAGCUACUGGAAAGUCGCUCGUUAAAGAUGUUGUUCAUCAAGACUCUCGUGAAGUCGUCGAGACACUCUUGACCAGAGCUUUGCAAGGGAAGGAAGACAAGAAUGUGGAAGUUAAGAUGCUGAAGUUCGGGACGCACGCACCGAACUCGGUUGUAUACCUUCUGGCAAAUGCGUGCACCAGUCGAGACUGUCAAAACAACGUCGUAGGGGUGUGCUUUGUUGGUCAAGAUGUGACCACGGAGAAAAAAGUAACGGACAAAUUCAUACGUUUGCAAGGCGAUUACAAGGCGAUCAUUCAGAGCGUAAACCCUUUGAUUCCUCCCAUUUUUGCUUCGGACGAAAAUGCUUGCUGUUCUGAAUGGAAUGCAGUGAUGGAAAAGCUUACCGGUUGGUUCCGACAUGAGAUAAUCGGGAAAACGCUGCCCGGAGAAAUCUUCGGGAGCAUUUGUCCGCUGAAAAGCCAAGAUGUACUCACUAAGUUCAUGAUCCUUCUGUAUCGAGCCAUCAGUGGCCACAACACCGAAAAGCUUCCCUUUGGAUUUUUCGACAGGAAAGGCGAGUUUGUCGAGCUGUAUCUGACAGCGAAUAAACGAGUAGACGAGGAUGGGAAUGUAAUUGGGUGCUUAUGCUUCUUGCAGCUGAUGUCCGAGAAUCAAAACGAGUACAAGAAGGAAAGCGAACAUGUUUCGAAGGUUAAGGAGUUGGCUUACAUUAGGCAAGAAAUGCAAAAUCCGCUGAACGGGAUUCGCUUCACGCGUCAGCUCCUGCAAGGCUCGGUCAUAUCAGAUGAUCAGAAGCAGUUUGUCGAGGCUAAUGACGCCUGCGAAAGGCAGAUCUCAUCCAUCAUUGACGUCUCGCUUUUUGGGAGUUUAGAAGACGGCAAGAUGGAGUUGAAAAUGGACGAGUUCAUCUUGGGAAAUGUCGUCAAUGCAGUUGUUUGUCAAGCCAUGCUUCUGUUGAGAGAAAAGAAUCUGCAACUCAUCCACGACAUCCCCGAGCAGAUCAAGACACUCUGCGUAUACGGCGAUCAGAUCAAGCUUCAGCUCGCCCUUUCGGAUUUCUUGCUCAGCAUAGUCGAGCAUUCGCGUUCUCCCGAUGGUUGGGUGGAAAUUAAGGUCUCCCCGGGAUUGAAGAUGAUACAAGACGGAAACGAGUUUGUUCAUCUACAAUUCAGAAUGGCGCAUCCGGGCCAGGGUCUGCCAUCAUCUCUGAUCGAAGAAAUGUUCGGGGCGACGAGGAGCAGCGAGUGGACGUCGCAAGAAGGAGCUGCGCUGAACCUGUCUCUGAAGCUCAUUGGCAUGAUGAAGGGCAAUGCGAGGUACAUUAGGGAACAGAACAAAUGCUACUUCCUCGUAGAUGUCGAACUCAGAUCGUCGAAAUCUAGAUAGUCAUGCAUUCCCUGUUUAUUUACAGAUUUUGUUUGAGAUUUCUGUUGAAUGAUGUCGUCUGCUGUAUUUAUGUAUGUGCAAUAUAUAUAUAUAUAUAUAUAUAUACUUUUUAUGA